AUGGAAGAGGAGUUGCCCAAAGGUCUUAAGGUGGUAGAAUUAGGACCUGAUGUUUUCCAGUUUACUAUCCCAGAUUCUAAGGAUAAGGAACGGAUUAUAGAGGGAGGUCCGUGGAUUAUUGACAAUCAGAUAUUAGUGCUUAGGAAGUGGAAGGUGGGGAUUGAAGAGGAUGAAGAUGCUUUUAGUUUAGCUCCAGUUUGGGUGCAAGUGUGGAAUCUCCCCAUUCACUGCCUAUCUAAGGCAGUAGGGAAGAAAGUGGGAACCAUAUUUGAUGAGGUUAAGGAUGUGUUAAUUCCUCGGACUGGAGGAAAGGAAGGGAAACAUAUGAAACUUUUAGUUCUGGUAGAUAUUAAGCAGCCUUUAUUGAGAGGAACCACGGUUCAGAUUAAUGGACUGAAUAAAUGGUUGUCCUUUAAAUAUGAGAAGUGUCCUGACUUCUGCUAUAGUUGUGGUGUCAUAGGGCAUAGUGAAAAGAAUUGCAAGUCCCCUGUGUUGGUGCAAAAGGGACAAUAUCAGAAUCAAUAUGGUCUGUGGAUGAGGGUGUUUGGGGGAAGAUGCUCCCCUCAAAAAGAGAUUAGUCAAAAGAUUUGGACAACUCAUAAACAGGUUUGGAAGGUGAGAAAUGGGGAAAUUAUCAGAAUAGAGGAGUUAGAGAGACAGGACAAAGGAGUUGAAUUGCCUCAGGACAGGAAUGUUAGUAGGUCAGGUGGAGGCAUGGUGCAAGAACUACACAAACAAAUAGUGGAGAAGGAUGGAUUACCUGUUGGAAAUAGGGGGAAAAUAGGUACGAUAAUACCAAAUUGGAGUGCUGGGAAGGAGAUGGAGAAAGAGAUAGGGAAGCAGGAAGGUAGGGACAUGUACAGGAAUGGAAGAAGCAAUGAGGAGGACAUGGAGGGCCAAGGAGUCCUAGAAAGAGAGAUGAUACAAGAGAAUGGGAGGAUCGAAGGAGGUGAAGAAGGAGUACAAGGCAGACCCAGUGUUGGUAGGGAGCUAGUGAGUAUGGAAGCUGAUGAGACCACCAAUAAAGAAAACCAAGGAGGAUUGAGGAAAGAAGGGAAGAGGUUCAGGAGAGUGCAAACUGGUCCAAGAGAGGUAAGAACUCCUCUAAAGGAGAUCAAUGGGACAAAGAGGAAGUUCCAACUGAGAGAUGAAGAUAUGGAAGAGGCUGUGGAUCAGGAACACAUAGAUAAAAGGCAUAGAGGAGAUCAGAAGGAGGGGAUAGCUUAUGAGAGGAUUGGAGGGGAAGGGAUCAACCCGCACUAG